GACAGUAGCUAGGUUAGCGCAGGUUAGCUUAGCUGUCGACUUCUCCAAGACACGUAAACAAAGCAGAUUAUUGUGUGUUAUUGUCGGAUAUACAGUUAUAUUCUACACCAGGCAGCAGUGGAGAGCAUCAUAUUUGCCGUGUGAGUCAGUGAAGAUGAUUGAGUCAUCUUUAGCUUCUUUGGGGGCAAAAGUUGUUGUCGCUUCAUCGAGCGACGAGAAUCACCCUCCAGAAAACAUCACUGAUGGAAAUACCAACACGUUCUGGAUGUCCACCGGGAUGUUUCCUCAAGAGUUCAUCAUUCGCUUUGCUGAACCGACAGAUAUUUCUGCAGUGACAGUGGACAGCUAUAAUGUCAAGCAUCUAAAGAUAGAGAAGAACACCUCACAGAAUGCUUCUCAGUUUGAGUCUGUUACAGAGAAAGAAUUUGAACAAACAGAGGGACAUCUUCAGUCAAAUGCUAUUUCGCUUAAUGGAAGCAGUGCAUCUCACCUUCGUCUCAUCAUCACCUCAGGAUAUGAUCACUUUGCCUCAGUGCAUCGAGUCAGUGUGCAACAUUAACACUCUUGAUUGUUGUGAAUUAAAGCCUGAUCUAUGUUAUGUACAUAU